UACUCCUCUUUACAGCUUAUUUCCUCACCCAUCAAAGCAUCAACUUUUCAAAACCCUAAUUAAUAUGUGUGUGUGCUUACAUUUAUAGACAUCUUCUUGUCUUCUUCUAUCAAGAUCUUUAAUAUCAUUAACACAUGGUAGCUACAUUAACUGAACAAACAUUGUCAUGGAAAUAUUAUCUCAAAUAUGGUCUCUAUUAGGGCUUCUGACACUGAUCCAAAACAUUCUCCCAACUCAACUCCUUGCAUGGCUGCAUUGCCUCUCCGACUCCCUCCAAGACCUCCUCAGCCCUCACUCCUCCUUCGACAUCCCCGAAUUCACCGGCCUCGGUGGCGUCGACGUCAACGAGCUCUACCGCCAAGCCACCCUCUACCUCAACUCCAUCAACCCCGCCUCCACCCGCCUCUCCCUCUCCCGCUCCAAAUCCUCCACCCGAAUCUCCUACUCCGUCGCCCCCGACCACACCGCCGUCGACUCCUUCCUCGGCCACCGCCUCUCCUGGACCCACCACGUCGACACCGUCGAAGAUUCGGACGAGGAAAGGCGCACCUUCACGCUCAGGCUCCCCAAGCACUCCAGGCUUGCGAUCAUCGCCCCAUAUUUGGACCAUGUGGCGGCGCGUGCGGCGGAGUUCGAGCGCGUGCUGCUCGACCGCCGCCUCUUCACCAACAACGCAGGCGGCGCAUUGGAUUCGGGAUGGUCGUCGGUGUCGUUCCGCCACCCCUCCACGUUUGAAACGCUGGCGCUGGAGCCGGAGAUGAAGAAGCAGCUGGUGGAGGACUUGACGGCGUUUGCUGACAGCGGAGAGUUUUAUAAGAGAAUCGGCCGUGCAUGGAAACGGGGUUAUUUACUGUACGGACCUCCCGGUGCCGGGAAAUCCAGUCUCAUCGCCGCCAUGGCGAAUUUUCUCCGCUACGACGUGUACGAUCUCGAUCUCAGCAAGGUGAAGGACAAUUCCGAGCUCAGGGCGCUACUCAUCCAAACUACGAACCGUUCGAUUAUCGUUAUCGAGAAUAUUGAUUGCUCGAUAGAUCUAACCGGAGAUAGAGCGGCGGCGAGGAAAGGCAGCGGCGAGGAUGUAGACGACGCGCGGCGCGUGACGCUGUCGGGGCUGCUGAACUUCACGGACGGGCUGUGGUCGUGCUGCGGGGAGGAGAGGGUGAUCGUGUUCACGACGAACGACCGCGGCGCGGUGGAUCCGGCGCUGCUCAGGCGCGGGCGCAUGGACGUGCACGUGAGCCUCGGCACGUGCGGGAUGCAUGCCGUGAGGGAGCUGGCGAGGAACUACCUGGGGCUGGAGUCGCACGCGCUGUUUGAUGAUGUGGAGAAGUGCGUGGAGGGUGGUGGGUCCCUCACGCCAGCUCAGGUUGGGGAGAUAAUGCUGAGGAAUAGGAGGGAUGCUGACGUGGCGGUCAAGGCUGUUCUCGCGGCCAUGCAGGCUAAGAUUUGGGGUGCUGAUGUGGAUGUUGUGGAAGGCUGCGAUGACGUGUCAAGGACACAGCCGGGGCUAUGUGAAUGGGCGGAGAAGUUUGAUGGGAAGAAAAGGAAGGAUCAUAUUUAUAGGGGUAGUUGUAAUUGGGAGAGUAAGGGGAUUUUCCUUGUUAGACUCAAAUCAUUCAAUAAAUCUGAUUCUGGAAGAAGAGGGGGUUAAUUAAAUGAAGUAACAUGAGUUGUAGCAAUUCUUGCAUCGGCAGUUAUUUUGAGAAUUCUAUUUUACAUGAAAUCAAAUUCCCCAA